CCAUUUUAUUUCCUCUGGGCUAUGCCAUCCCUGCCCUAAUUCUUCUUGAUUUUCUUACAUCCCAAGAUUUGUUAUUUCUUUCUGUGUCUGAAAUUCCAGUCGAAUUGAUUGCACAUGCAUGGUGACGAAGAGAUUUGAACCCGUGACCUAUGAUAUGGUGAACCCUAACAAGCUGACUUUGAUGUCAUGUCAAGGAACCAACUCAACCAAAAACUCAAGUUUGUUACUAGAGACCCAAAAAAGGCACUUAUAUUCCGACUCUUUUCGUCAUCAAAAUGAAUAAUCCACAACAAGCCGGAAAUGAGUAUGAACCUAUUGUCCCGGGGUUCGAAACCCCGCCAUCGCCGGUGUCAAGUUACAACAAUAUCUUCUACAUUACAGAAGAAGAGGAAAAGCAGGGACCACCGCGGCUCCCCCCACAUCUAAACCAGUCUGUGCUAAAUGAAAUAAGCACGAGAGUGGGAGAGGCCUCAUCAUCAACGCCGCCCAACCAUGUGGUGUUAAACCACAUGUACACGGAUGCUUAUACCAGGGGCAGACAAUUCCCCCUUGAAGCCGUGGCGGUGUCAACCACGCAGCGGCUUGGCUCCCAGUAUGUUACAACAGUGCUUUACAAACCGGCCCCGCGGAGGUGAAGUGCCGGCUGAUUAGUGGCAGUUGUGCUUUUUGGUUUGUUUGGAAUAGUUAGGGUUACAUUUUUAUUUUCAUGUAAAUUUAUAAUUCUAAGUGAUAAAUAAAUAAAAGUUUGAACUUUGG